CUUCCAUUAUAUUUCUUCUCUAUUAUCAUUUCCUCCAAAACCCUAAUCCUUCCCCUUAUUGAGAAUUGUAUGAAUCUUGAAAAAUAAAAGAAAUAUUUGAAGGAGGAUCAAGAAAGAAAUUAAUAGAAUCCGGGAUUCACUUAUUAUGCAAAUUUGAAGCUACAAACUGUUGUUUUUAUUCAGGGUAUUUCAAUUUGAGGGGCUUUUUUCCUUGAGCUGCUUCUUGAGAGGUGGCUCCAUCUACAGGAAGACAUUGUCAAUACAAGGAUGCUAUAUACAUAAGUGAUGGACUCUUAAGUAUGUAAGUGGAGGCAGUACCAUCCUAGAACAUAUGCACCAGUAAGUGAAAAUAAAGUUGAGGCCCUUGCACCACCGACUUUACUCAUGGAUUCUGAGCAAGAGAGUGAAGGAAGAAGAGAUUCAGAUGCUACUUUAGAUGAAAGUGAAAUAGGGUCAUCUAAAAGUUCAGAAUAUUCUCAAUCCAUCUCGUCUUCGUCAUCAGGCUCUUCUUCAGAUGAUUACAUCCAAGUGGAUCCAAAAAUAGUAUUCAACUCUGUCCCAUCGGGUGUAGAAUCUUCUAAAUCUCACUCCGAUGCGAAACUUAUAUCUCAAAGUGAUACGUGCCAUCAAUUGGAAGAAUCCUCGAAAACUUCUACAAGUUCCACCUCACAGGUUUCAGAUGUCACUCAUGAAUCUGCAUUCCCGACCAUGUCACCUACACAAUCUCCUUCUAUACAGGUGAUGGAAAGGCAGGCAGUUUUUGAUCCCAAUAGAAUUCCCUCUUCCGUUUUUGGGAGUAAGGAUUCGUCCUCUAAGGAAUGGAGCAGUGCUUCUAACGAAUCAUUGUUCAGUAUCCACACUGCUGGAAAUGGUAGUCCUGCAAGGGAUGAUAUUGUAAUGACUGAUGGAGAUUUCAAACGGUCAAAGAAACGAGACAACUCAUGUGCAGCAUUAGAUAAAUAUGAAGAAAUUAAUAAGUCUGGCAAGCCAACUAGGUUUAGGCAGCCCUUGCCAGCUGCAAAAGGAAGAGAAUGUAAGGAAAAGAUACAUGAGAAAGGAAGGAAUGUAAAUGCUGUAAACAACCUGUUACCAGCAGGUUCAGAUGAACCAACAAAGAGAGUUGUCCGUUUUAGAGAGGAAAUAAAAGUAGGAGACAUCAGAAAUCAUUCUGCUGCCCUUGGCCUCUCUGAUGGAAAUAAAGGCUUUAGGGACUCCUGCACUGCCGUUUGCCAUUCUGAUGGGAAUGGCACGUCUUCUGUCUUUCCAAUAAAAAAGAAGUCUUCUUGGUGGUCAUGCUGUUGUUCUUGUAGUAGCGGUUCUUGCUGCUCAAGUUGGCCAAGCUGCUCGUUGAAGUGCUCAGGUUGCUCUUGUAAGUGGUUAAGCUGCUCAGGUUGCUCUUGUAAGUGGCUAAGCUGCUCAGGUUUCUCCUUUAAGUGGCUAAGCUGCUCGAGUUUCUCUUGUAAGUGGCUAAGUUGCUCAGGUUGCUCUUGUAAGUGGCCAAGCUGCUCAGGUUGCUCUUGUAAGUGGCCAAGCUGCUCAGGUUGUUCUUGUAAGUGGCCAAGCUGCUCAGGUUGCUCUUGUAAGUGGCCAAGCUGCGCAGGUUGCUCUUGUAAGUGGCCAAGCAUGCCUGUCGGCUGCUGCAAAUGGCCAUGCAGCCAUGGUGGUUGCUGCAAAUGGCCGAGCUGCCAAUGUAAGUGUUUUACCUCGCUACGCUGCUGCUCCUAGUGUCCAACUUCUCGUAGCAACUGCAAGUGCCUGACAUGGCAAAGCUCUGUGCGCAACUUUUUUGCACUGUAGCUGGGCGUUCUGCUUUGUGGGACUAUAAAUUAUUUGAUCUUGCCAGUUUGACGGAAGAGGAACGGUGUAUGUGAAAAGGAUAGCCUGAGCACCAGCAUACCCAUUGAGCUCUGCAGUGGCUUCUAAGGAGCAUUCCAAAAGCUAUUGUACCUGCCUCGUGUUCGUGUGGUUCAUGCCCUUCUUGAUUCCUUCCAUCUCUACUCUAGCUGUUGCUUAGGACGAGAAGGCCCAAUUCCAUUUCGGCCCUCCUCCUACUUCUGCCUCGUUCAUUAAAAAUGCUUGCCACCCACAUGCAUAGGUUCCGUAGAAUCAAGAGAAUUUAGAAGUUUUAAGUAUGCAUAAUGUUAUCAGCAGCAACAAGCUUGGCAAAAUUGUGGAGAUUCAUAGUAGCUAAUCUAUUCAAGCAUUGAACAAUGUCCAAUAACUUGAAUUCUUUUAGUGUAUAUAAGUAGGCAGUGGGGCUUAGAUAUAUUUGUUGCCUCACAUUACUUAGUCCAUCAUUGCGCAACCAUUUCUUUCCUUUUUCAAGCUGGGAGAAGAAAAGGUGGGAAGAGAGAAUAUGGAGGUGGUCAAGUGAACACCCUUCAUUGGAGAAUU